GGGAGAGUGGGGGAGGGAGAGACCUUGUGUCAUACCACUGGUAGGUCGUAAACAAUCAUCAUCAGAAGGUGAUCACAAGAUUUUUUUCAAUCUCUUCCCCUUCUGUUUUAAUUUGUCCAAAAAAUCAUGAUGUCUCUUGAAAAAUUGAGUAUUCGCUCAGUGGAUUUCAAGGGAAAGCGUGUUUUGAUGAGAGUGGACUUCAAUGUACCCUUAAAAGACAAGGAUAUCACGAACAACCAACGUAUUGUGGCUGCUUUGCCCUCCAUCCAACAUUGCUUGGAGCAUGAAGCUAAGAGUGUAGUAUUGAUGAGUCACCUGGGACGUCCUGAUGGUAAAAGAGAAGGAAAGUAUUCCUUAGCCCCUGUUGCUGAUGAACUGAAGAAACUGUUGAACAAAGAUGUGAAGUUUCUGUCAGACUGUGUGGGACCAGUGGUGGAAAAAGCCUGUGAAAACCCUAGUCCUGGUUCAGUGAUUUUGUUGGAAAACUUACGUUUUCAUGUGGAGGAAGAAGGCAAAGGUGUUGAUAGUGAGGGAAAGAAGGUUAAAGCAAGCCCAGAGUCAGUGAAAGCAUUUCGUGAAUCCUUAGCAAAGCUUGGAGACAUUUACAUUAAUGAUGCUUUUGGCACAGCUCACAGAGCCCACAGUUCUAUGGUGGGGGUUGAUCAUACUGUCAAGGCUGCAGGAUUUCUGAUGGAAAAAGAGUUAUUCUACUUCUCUAAAGCUUUGGAAAAACCUGAUAGACCAUUUCUGGCCAUAUUAGGAGGAGCAAAAGUUGCUGACAAGAUUCAGCUCAUUGAAAACUUACUGAAAAUAGUAAAUGAGAUGAUCAUUGGAGGUGGAAUGGCAUAUACCUUCACUAAAGUACUUAGUAACAUGGAGAUUGGCAAGUCUCUUUUUGAUGAAGAAGGUUCAAAAAUAGUUCUUGACCUCUUUAGAAAGGCCAACGAACAAGGAGUGACCCUCCAUUUGCCUGUUGACUUUGUUACAGCCAGCAAAUUUGCAGAGGAUGCAGAGGUUGGGAGUGCCACUCUAGAAUCAGGAAUCCCAGCAGAUUGGAUGGGAUUAGACAUUGGUCCAGAAAGUGUCAAGGCAUUUAAAAAAGUUAUAGAAGGAGCAAAAACUAUUGUGUGGAAUGGUCCAAUGGGUGUAUUUGAAAUGGCCAAAUUUGAGGCAGGGACGAAAGGUCUUAUGGAUGCAGUUGUUGAAGCAACAAAGGCUGGAAAGACGACCAUAAUUGGUGGAGGGGAUACAGCCACUUGCUGUGCCAAAUAUGGUACUGAGGAUCUUGUAAGCCAUGUCAGCACUGGGGGAGGUGCAUCACUUGAACUCCUAGAAGGUAAAACCCUGCCAGGAGUUGCUGCUUUGUCAAACGCAUGACUAAGGAUCAGUCAUCUCUGAGAUUGUAAUGUGAUUAGUAGCUCGCAUUUAGUACAUAUUUGGGAGUUCGGUUUCACAGCUGGCAAAAUUAGUUAUUAAUAAGAGGAUAAAUCCCAAUUACUCUGCAUGCAUAAGUCAAAUAAAAAUCUUUUAGGGAAUGUUUACAGUGUAGUUGGUGUAUAUACACAUACACUUCAUCCAAAAUUUGAGUGUUAUUGUCAAGUGAUACUGCUGAUUGUUGUAGCACAAUGAGUGAUUUGCUGGGAGAAAAUAAAUACUGACAAACAAACAACA